CUUUGUGGACGGACAGCCGAUCGCCCACAUACGUGAAUGAUCUCACGGAGAGAGAGCUGCCGAUGGUGGCCAUGUCUCUCACUGACAAGCUGCUGCCCAGCUCAGUCGGACCGCUCACAAAAAGGGAAGACGCCAAAGCAGAUUGGCCGUCGACCGAAAGAGAGGAGCCGAGCUGAAGCGGGCCGUCAACAGCCAAUCCGCCGCUGAUGACGCCGUCUUUGUGGACGGACAGCCGAUCGCCCACAUACGUGAAUGACCUCACGGAGAGGGAGCUGCCGAUGGUGGCCAUGUCUCUCACUGACAAGCUGCUGCCCAGCUCAGUCGGACCGCUCACAAACAGGGAAGACGCCAAAGCAGAUUGGCCGUCAACCGAAAGAGAGGAGCCGAGCUGAAGCGGGCCGUCAACAGCCAAUCCGCCGCUAAUGACGCCGUCUUUGUGGACGGACAGCCGAUCGCCCACAUACGUGAAUGAUCUCACGGAGAGAGAGCUACCGAUGGUGGCCAUGUCUCUCACUAACAAGCUGCUGCCCAGCUCACUCGGACCGCCCACAGAGAGGGAAGACGCUAGCUCAGAUGGACCGUCGACUGACAGCCUUUCCCCGACCUGCACACAUUGCAGUUAACAGACCAUACAGCCCAGAGCAUGUCUGAAAUCUGCUGGUCGUCGCCGCCUUACUCUGAGCCACUGAUCAACGGACAAGGUGUAGUAUCGCGGGAGGUCCCAGUACUCGAGGAACGCACCACCAUAUGGUGUCAGUUUGAAGACAUCUUUCAUCUCCGCAAACGUCGAGUUGUACACUUUGAUGGUGAGUUGGGGAGUGUUAUUAUACUCAAAGACGAUUCGAGCGUCGGUUGCGUUCGAUGGGUCCCACAGAAGCGGGACAGAUUUGUCUAGAUACACAGCCGAGCUGAGACUGAGACUCCCAAGGAUCGACGCAUUGUGGUGGACCGUCAGCUGGCUUUCGAGCUCGGUCGGCCCGCCAACAGACAGGGAAGACGCCAGAGACGAUCUGUCGCUAACCGAGAGUAGGCCCGAAAGCACAGCGUCGCCGGAGACGCUAAGGGUGGAGCCGAGAUGAGCAAAUGACAUAACGGAGAGAGAGCUGCCGAUGGUGGCCAUGUCUCUCACUGACAAGCUGCUGCCCAGCUCAGUCGGACCGCUCAUAAACAGGGAAGACGCCAAAGCAGAUUGGCCGUCAACCGAAAGAGAGGAGCCGAGCUAAAGCGGGCCGUCUACAGCCAAUCCGCCGCUAAUGACGUCGUCUUUGUGGACGGACAGCCGAUCGCCCACAUACGUGAAUGAUCUCACGGAGAGAGGGCUGCCGAUGGUGGCCAUGUCUCUCACUAACAAGCUGCUGCCCAGCUCACUCGGACCGCCCACAGAGAG